AGUCAUCCCGCACCCUUCGAAGCGAUGCUCUCCUUUCUCUGAUCGGAAGCGCAGAUGCACUCUGAUCACCACAGGUGCCAUCUGGGAACAGCACCGGGCUGGCAGAUCGUGCUAGCUGGAUGGGAAACGUUUCUACUGCGGUCAAGCACUGCCUGAACUAUGAGACUUUCUUGCAGGAUUAUCCAUGGUUUCCACGGCUCCUGUGGGAAGAGAAGUGCUCUGAACUGCCUAAGCUUCCACGUUGUGUCAAAAUUGUUGAGGUCGGACCAAGAGAUGGACUGCAGAAUGAGAAGGAAAUAGUGCCGACAGAGGUCAAAAUCCAGCUGAUAGACAUGCUCUCCCAGACCGGAUUGCCCGUCAUCGAAGCCACUAGCUUUGUGUCUUCAAAGUGGGUAGCACAGAUGGCAGACCACACUGCAGUGUUGAGAGGGAUUAAAAGGUCUCCUGACAUUAGAUACCCUGUUCUGACUCCCAAUAUUCAGGGCUUCCAGGCAGCUGUUGCAGCAGGAGCUACUGAAGUGGCAGUGUUUAGUUCCGCCUCAGAGACCUUCAGCAGGAAGGACAUCAACUGCUCAAUAGAGGAGAGUUUGCAGAGGUUUGAGCAGGUCCUCUCUGCAGCUAAAUGCGAAGGCAUACCAGUGCGCGGGUAUGUUUCCUGUGCUCUUGGCUGUCCAUAUGAGGGACAAGUAAAACCAUCACAAGUCACAAAGGUGGCAAAGCGGUUGUUUGAGCUGGGCUGUUAUGAGGUAUCCCUGGGGGACACCAUUGGCGUAGGCACCGCCGGCUCCAUGGCCGAGAUGCUGAGCGAUGUGUUGACUGAGGUGCCCGUCAGUGCACUGGCGGUGCACUGCCACGACACUUACGGUCAGGCUCUGCCCAACAUACUCAUUGCUCUGCAGAUGGGGGUUUCUGUGGUUGACUCCUCGGUUGCAGGCCUCGGAGGAUGCCCGUAUGCCAAGGGAGCGUCUGGCAAUGUUUCUACUGAGGAUGUUUUAUAUAUGCUACAUGGUCUUGGAAUUGAAACCGGGGUGGACCUGUUGAAAGUGAUGGAAGCGGGAGAAUUCAUCUGCCAAGCCUUAAAUCGAACAACUAACUCCAAGGUCAGCCAAGCUACCAAAAACAUCCAGCCUUUUCAUUCUAAGUGAAAAUAAGUACAAUGUGGUCCAAAAGUCUAUAUCCACAUUUAUGCACUGUAAACCUGCUUUCAUACUCCUGGCCUCUGCUAAAUGCUUUUACUUUGAUUGCCAUU